AGGAGGACAGGAGAGUCAGCCUGCAACUAGAGGAGCUGCAGGCUAAAGUGAACAUGUCACCACUGAAUCACCAGGGUUUGCAGCAUUAUGUUCCCCCUCCCUUGUAAAAGGUAAGAAGAAGGGAGGAGGAGACUUUAAGAUAAAUUUUCACAUCUUGCCCACCUACACACAGCCCCUCACACGCGCACUGUUCCUCAUACACACACUGCACCUCUUACACACAGAGAAAAAAAAAUAUAUACAUAUAAGUACUUUUUUUAAUUUAUUUUUUUAAACCUUUUCUGAAAAAAAUCACCCUUGCAUAGUCUCUCAGUAAGCACUGAAGUGAAAAAAAAUCUGCCUCAGUACUAGUCUCUUUUUAAAAUAUUUUUUUUUAACUGUGUUGAUCUAUAGAUCAGCAUAGUUCAAAACUUUAAAUAAGUUUUUCAAUUUAUAAAAAUAUAAAUUUUAGUUUCAAAACACUACACACUACAUUAGUUACAUCUUGUUUUCUUCAACUUCUUUUCUUGCUAUUUCAAAAUUGUAAAUGGAUCCUCCUGAACUUACAUCCACUAGUAAAGUGAGGGAGGGUCAGUCAGCCACCACCACCAAAACCAUCACCACCACCACAAGUAGUGGUAGUUUGAAUAUGCAGCAGUCAAGCAGUGCCGCUAUGUCAGACUCACCACCUAGGAGGCCAAGGUCUUUGUCACGCAUUUCAUGCUUGGUGCAAGAUCCUGGUAAAGGAAAGGAACCAAUAGCAGGCAGUAGUGCAGCAAAGCCCAGCACCCCCAGUCUUUUCUAUGGUAAAGGGAAACAAGCAGUACUUAGCUGCAAAUUUUAUGGACCGGUUUUCGGCAUGAGGUGACUGUGCGGUUCGAGGACAACUUGGUCUGGGGGUUUGACCCACUUGCAACCACUGCAACCUGGCAGGAGAGCGCUUUUUGGAGAGAAGGUGCCUGAGACUAAAGGUAAAACAGCUGAGAGCCAGGUGGAGCACCCCUGUAUUUUGGAUGCAGGAGCUUCUGAAAGUUGACUGGCAAAAGCACCAGACUCCCUAGAACUAUUCUGGGCAUAGGACUAUGUGUGCGGCCGGUCAGAACUUUGGGCACUCAGGUCAGGGUUAUUUGGGGAUGUGUAAUAUGUGGGGUUAUUUUAAGUUUUUAUUAUGUUUUUGGGUACUUUUAUGUUUGGCUGUCUGUUCCUGGGAGAUAAUCAACUUACCUGUCUUUAAAUCAAUUAUCUCCCAGGCCCAGAGAUUCCUGGGAGGGGCUUGUGUUGAAUAAUACAAUGGAGACCCCAUGCUGGGGUCUGCAUAAAAGACAGAGGUUGGCUCAUUAAAAUCAAUCUAGUUACUUUGAGGGGAAAGGGCUGAUCACUGCUUAGCACCUUGUUCUAGCUCGUGUAGGAUUCAGCUGGGAAAGUCCUUGCAAGGACUACAGCUCCCAGGACUGUGUGACAGGGGAGGUGUUGCAGAGCCAAAAUCUACUGGUGCUGCCAGCCAACAACCAAGGCUGGUUAGAGCAUCACAAUGCAUCCAGCCGACCCUGGAACAAUUUGGGGGAUUCCACUCCAGGGUUAUGUCGAAACAGCAGGCCCAUAAAAUCAUGCAACUUAUUGGUCAGUUAAUUGCUGUUGGGGGUGCUUCCUUUUCAAUGAUAGAAGGGGAACCUUUCAAACAGUUGAUGGAGGCUGUGGCUCCACAAUACCAUCUUCCCUCACUCUCCACUUUCAGCAGGUGGAUAGUCCCUUUGUGGAGUGCACCAAGUCGCCAGCAUGCCUUUAUUUCCUUGAUAGCACACUGGUGGGAUCCUGGUGUGUUUCAGGAAGCUGCUUCUGCAACUUCAACAGCAGCAGCAGGGUCUAGCAGAAAGGGAGGAAGUUUAUCUGUAGGUCAGGUGGGCUAUCGUUGAAGUGAUGGAUGAAAAACACACUUCGAUAACAUUCUGUAGGCAGUAAGGAGGAAGGUGUCUCUUUGGGUAGGAGAUGAGGCAGGCACCAAUGUAGAAGUGGGGUUUGUGGUUACUGAUGGAGCUUCAAAUAUAGUGAAAGCUCUGUGUGAUGGUAACAUUGUUGGUCUGCGCUAUGCAGCGCACAUGAUCCAUCUUGUAGUGAAAUCAGCAAUCCCAGAAGGAAAUAAUAGAGUUUUGAGUGAGAUUGAAAGGUGCAGGAGGAUUGCUGGGCACCUUUCAACUGUUAAGGCACGAGCAAGAAAAGGCAGGUCUUCCCACACACUGUCUAUGACAAGAUGUCAGUACACGGUGGAAGUCUACUUCGGAGAUGCUGGCGAGUAUUUUAGAUCAGCAGAGGGCAAUCCAUUAGACAUGUGCAAUUAUUUUUGUUCCGAAUGUCAAUUCGUACGAAUUUCUGGCAAUUCUCCGACUGUCCAAAUUGCUGAAUUGCCAAAAAUUUCAAAAAGAAAUUCAAAGAACUUUCCCACUCUGUGUAAAAUGACAUAGAGCACUCUGAUUGGCUGGAUUUCAAGCUAACCAAUCAGAGUGCUGUGACAGGUAAAUGUAAAAACUUACCAGUCAGUCUCUUCAUUUACCUGUCAGAGCUCUCUGAUUAGAUGGCUUAAACCAACCAACCAGAGUGCUCUGAGCAUAAUUGCAGGGCGGGGCAAGGCUUUAUAAGCCUUCCCCCACCCUGCAGAGCUCAGUCUGCAUGGUGCCUUCCAUGGGUGAAGAUGGAUUAUUUAUUUUUUUGCACUUUUUUAUUUAUUUAUUUAUUAUUACGGUGAUUAUGGAUUUUUAUUUGGCUUUUUGGGAGCUUAAAAAAUAAGAUUUUAGAAAAAAGACCACAUCAAAUGGUAAGUUUAAUUAAUUUUUUUACAGGUACCUAUUUAUUGGUCCCCCCCUCACUGAGAGGGUUAGGAUAGGGGUUAGUUUUGUUGGGAGGGGGUGACUAGGGGCUUGGGGACCCCUAGUCACCAUAGGGGGGUUAAACUUUUAUUUAGGGCCCCCACCUGCCGCUCAGGGGUGGGGGCCAGGGGGGGGAAGGACAAUAGGUCCCUCCCCUUAUUCUAAUUUAGGGCUCCCACCCACCGCUCAUGGGUGGGGACCGGGGGGGAGGACAAUAGGUACCCCCAUUAUUUUACUUUAGGGCCCCACCCACUGCUCAGGGGUGGGGUUCGGUGGGGGAGGACAAUAGGUUCCCCUCCCCGUUUUUCUGAUAUAGGGCCCCCACCUGCCGCUCAGGGGUGGGGGCCGGGGAGGGCAAUAGUUUAUUUUUUGUUUGUUUUUGUAACAGUGAGCAGCCACAGGCUGCUCACUGUUUAAUAGACAUGCCCCUACUCGCAGUAUAGCGAGUAGGGGCAGAUUAUUUACUAAUACUAAGUAAUUUUUACUUAGUAUUAAUACAUUUUAUUUAAAACUCUUGAGUACACAGUGUUACUAUUAUUUGUUUUUACUCUUUGUUUAUAUUUUGGACUAAUAAAAUAUAUUCCUGUGACAUCUCCUGAUGUCCUGUAUCCAUCCUACUUCUGAAAGUAUAUCCUGUGGCCAAUAUUGGCACAAUUUGGACUUUCACACAGAGUGUGGUACAGCUCUGGGACAUGUGAGUUAUAGUCCACUCCUAUCCUAUUAUUAUACGAGGAAAACAAUAAGAAUUAACAUAGGGCCAAAAUUUAGAUAUCACAAGGUAGAGGGCACAAAAAAGGGGGGUAACCCCUAAAUGGUGAAUAUCAUAGAGAAUAAACAAAAAAAGAAACAAAUGCCAUUCUACCUGUGUAUGAUUUACUGAGAAGAUUGUAGAUUAAAAAGUAACUUUUAAUAAAUAAAUCUAAAAUAAAAAUAUAAAAAAGAAAAAUAAUAUGAACAGCAGGAGUAAAUGGAGACUAUACAGCGAGUAAAACUCUGUGACUACUUAUAUAAGCUGUAAAAGUGUAUACAUAAUAACACUAAUGCUGAAGCAAUACUGUUUAGCUACAAUAUAACAGUGUAUUCCCAAGUAAUAGAAGUGAUACUAUAUUAUAUAUCACUAAUAGCUGUAACAAGAGGGGGGAGAUAAGACCGCUGCUAAACCAGUGCUGUCAAUAGUUAAAAGAUAUGGAUAAGUAAAUCCCUACAUGAUAGUACAACUAAUGACAUGGGUUAACUCCACAUACAAUAAUUGAUAAUGUUCUUAUGGUGCUUAACCUCAGAAAGAUCAAAGAUAAUGGUUCAGCUAAGACAGAUUUCUGACAGACGGCGAUUAGCCAGUUAAAUAUCACAAAAGCUGCCUAGAUCAUAGCAGCAUUUUGAUAAUUAAUUAAAGAUUGCUGUCAAGUAGUAAAGUAUAAAAUAAGGGGUUGCUGACCUGGCUCUGUUUUUUCUGCAAGAUACCUAGCAGUAUAUUCUAGUGUAACAACAGCUGCCUGCACUGAAUGAUGUUAACUUAUGCUUGACCACAGUGGAGCACCAAGUAGUAGCUCACCUGUGAAGGACUGCUGACAGGCAGCAGUUAACCGGUUAAAAAUCACACAAGUUGCCUAAAUGCAAGCUGCAUCUAAAUAAUAGGUCAAAGUAUAAAGAGAGGGUUUACAAACAGUUUUGAACAGGUUGCCUAGGUAGUAGAAAAUAUACAGACAGUGACAGAGGAAGGCAUAUAGAAUAAAGAUUCCUGAGUCUUGUGCCUUCGAGGGCACCCCUUAAUAAAAUGCCUGGUCUUAUCAAUCUCCCCCCAUAAACAUAAUAAAGGAAAAAGAAAGAGAAAUAAAGUAUGUACAGAGCACACAAAAUUAGUGUUAAGAGUCUCCAAUAUGCACUCCUGAGAUGCUGGACAUGAAUGAACUUGAUGUCGGUAAUUUAGCAAUAGAUAAGCAGAGAGUUAGGUGCCUACACCAAUAAUGUGUCAGUAAGUGUCCAGAGCCCCUGACGUGCACGUUUCGCCAGUGAAGCUCAUCAGAAGGUCAGCAACCCCUUAUUUUAUACUUUACUGCUUGACAGCAAUCUUUAAUUUAUUAUCAAAAUGCUGCUAUGAUCUAGGCAGCUUUUGUGAUAUUUAACUGGCUAAUCGCCGUCUGUCAGAAAUCUGUCUUAGCUGAACUAUUGACAGCACUGGUUUAGCAGUUGUCUUAUCUCCCCCCCACCCCCCCUUUUUUUGCUACAGCUAUUAGUGAUAUAUAAUAUAGUAUCACUUCUAUUACUUGGGAAUACACUGAUGUUAUAUUGUAGCUAAACAGUAUUGCUUCAGCAUUAGUGUUAUUAUGUAUACACUUUUACAGCUUGUAUAAGUGGUCACAGAGUUUUACUCGCUGUAUAGUCUCCAAUUUCUCCUGCUGUUCAUAUUAUUUUUCUUUUUUAUAUUUUUUAUUUUAGAUUUAUUUAUUAAAAGUUACUUUUUAAUCUACAAUCUUCUCAGUAAAUCAUACACAGGUAGAAUGGCAUUUGUUUCUUUUUUUUGUUUAUUCUCUAUGAUACUCCUAUCCUAUUGUUUUACGUUCACAGGUCACACCAUGCUUGCAGAUUUCUUUUUUAUUGUAGGUCUUUGUGUGAUCUACAGAUAUCUGAAUCGUUUGUAUGAGGUAUAUAAGUUCUACACAUUUUUUGCACUGGAUUUUUAUUUUUACUGUAUUUCUUCUACGUGUGUGUGUGUGUGUGUGUGUGUAUAUGUGUGUGUAUAUAUUGUGUGUGUGUGUGUAUAUAUAUAUAUAUAUAUUACUGUGGUAUUUAUUAAUUGGCAAACUUACUGUGAUAUUAAUAAAUAACAUCACAGUAAGAUUGCCCAUUAAUAAAUACCUUAGUAAGUAUGCGUGUUAAUAUAUACCACAGUAACUUUGCCUAUUAAUAAGUAUCACAUUACAUUUGCUCCUUAAUAAACGAGCAUACUUACUGUGGAAUUUGUUAAUGGGAAAACCUACUGAAUUUAUUACUGGGCACUUGGCAUAUGUUAAAUGGGCCAACUGACUGUGGCAUGUUCUGUGGGGAAACAACACUGUUCUGUGUAUGCAUUUUAUGACUCCUAUGUUUUUUUUUUUAUAUAUAUUUUUGCUUGCAGGGAAUUCAGGGAAAAACUUUGGUGAGAAAAGUUUGAGGAGCAGUGGCAUGAAAGGAGAGCACUUACCUUAAAGGAGAGCACUCAGUGGCUUUCAUUUAAACUUGAAUUUCUUUCAAAAAGGGGUUAAUUCUUAAAAUCAACGUUUCAGUCCAUAUUUGGAAUUUCUGAUGAAAUUCCUAAUAUGGACUGAAACGUUGGUGUUAAAUUUCUCUUAAAAAAUGAUUAAUUCUUAAGGUCACAAUAAGACCACUGAGUGCUCUCCUUUGAGGUAAGUUAUUGCUGUGUAUAUAUUAUACACACAGAAUCCAACGCACUCGCUUAUUCACUAAACAAUAAUUUCAAAUCUUAGAGAUUGUAAUAGUUUUAUUUAAAAACACCUCACCUAGGCAAAAAAUAAUGGGGGUUUAGUUACAUUAUAUGAUCAUAUAUUGCAUAAGCCUGCCACACCAUCAAUGUACCCCAUUCUUGGCAGGUCCUACACCUGCAGCCUAAUGCUUGCUCUUAUGAGAUUAAUCCACUUACUUGGGAAAUACUUCUUUACUGGGACUCUCUGCAAGUCAAGGCUAUAUAUAUAUCUCCACCCACUUCGGUACAGCACUGUCUCUCUCGGUCUCUAGCUUGCCUGGGAGCUUACUUCAUCCAAAAUGUACAUAAUCCAAGAAAAGUGCACUCACAGGACUCGGUAGAUGAUAUUCCAAUUCUUUUAUUGUGUGUAAGUGGUUGUGGUGGCAGUCCGGGCACUGGGAGCCCUCCAGAUGUGUAAGUGAUUGUGAUGGCAAUCCUGGCACUGGAAGCCCUACAGAUGUGUAAGUGGUUGUGGUGGCAGUCUAGCACUGGGAGCCCUAUAGAUAUGCAAGUGGCUGUGGUGGCAUUCCUGUCGCUUCCUGUUAGGCCAAGUAGAGGAUCAUACAUAGAAGAUCAUACAUCCGCUGUCCACUCAGCCUGUGAGGAUAUUUAUGGGGUGGUAAAUAUUAAAAUAAUAUUUUCAUAAAAAUUAUCAAAAAUUAAUUUAAUACAUGUUAUUAUAUCAAAAAUUGAUAUCGUGGCACUGUUGCCCAAUUAAUGAUUUAAAGCUGAAAAUUACCCACUAUUUUAAUUCUCUUAGAUCCUAGAGGAAGUUUCACUAGAAGAUUUAACUUCACACAGUAAUCACAAAUUAAUUAUAAAAAUAUAAUUUAUUGUGACAAUAAUAAAAAUAACAUAUGUAACAUGCGUGACAAUAAUAAGUGAAUAUUUAGGUGUAACAUAAGUAAACAAUAUGGCAGUGGUUUAACACAACAUAGACAGCUAAAAGCAACAGUUAUAUGUGACCGUUGUAUGCAGUUUAAGAUUUACGACAGGACACUCCACUUAGAAACCAAAUUCACAGAGAAGACAGAACUUCACAGCAGCCCAGCGUAAAGCAAUAAAAAAUUUGGCUGACAGUCAACUCACACUGAAUUAACUCUUCCACUGCUGGCUGCAAUCAUAGGCAAGAUAUCCUAUUAUAUUGCAAUUUUUAUAGCUACAAUAUUCUCAUAUCUGGUCAUUUAUCAUUCCUAAGUCCAUUCAAUAAGAAUAAUUCUAACUAGAUUUUAUGUUUGCAGAAUUUUAACUUUCCUAAUCAAGAUUAUCAGAACAAGUCAAUACCUCUGGAUAAAAAUUUGGUAUGCUAACAUUUGGCAAACUUACCGUUAAUAUAUUGUUAUCUUUAUUCCACCUGCAGGAAUAGAAUUUUCAUAACCAUAUAUUCCUUAGCUAAUUAUGAUUUCUAAUAAUUGAAAUCUGACCAAUAUGUAUCAAGUUAUAUAUUCCUGCUAUUAGUAACAAUUAGUUUAAUUUAAUUGUAAAAUUUUUUAAUAAAACCAGCAUAAUUACCAGUUAGGUUGUAGAUUUUCAGAUGUGUCGAUAUGUCCCAGGAAUUUCAAAUGCAAGUAUGAUGAGAAUUGUGGAAAAUAGAAAAGUUUUCAGAGUUCUGAAGUUGUGUUAGUUGGAAAAGAAAAUACUAAGAAUUAGGUGUGUACAAGAGAGUGUUUGAGAGUCUGGAAGUGGGAGCCUUGAGUCCAGUCCAAGAGUCAGAAUAUGUAAGUCCUCGAGAGUUUGAGAGUGUUCUCUCUUCCCUUUGUCCUUACUUUUUAAAGGGGAAAAUUCUCUGCACGUCACUAGUCGAUAGGAUCAACAGGGAACUGUGGGUGUGUCUUCUCUAAAGACUAUCAUCUAGAUUUUGGUCAGUAGAUGGCGCAAUUACAUCACCAAAAAUUGUCAGGUGGUCCAUUUACCUUUUUGUAUAAUGGAUUAACUGAAUAUGUUGAUGUGUUUUACGUAAUUUGGUUAUCUUUUUAUGGCCACCAUUUGUCAAAGAACCGGUCGUCUUCCAAGACUUUAGUUCACUCUUAUCCGGACUUAGUGUUUGUAUUUUAGCAUCAUAAUUUUAGAGUUGGCAUAUGUAGCCUUAGAUUCACCCUUUUCUUACAAUGGAACUAGUAAUGUUCUGUAAAUUAAUGUUCUGUAUAUCACAUGGUCAGUGGUACAGGUAAUGUAAUGUGAUAUUUUAAUUUUUUGACCACUAUGUGGGUGUGCAAAAGUCAUACAUAUACAUGAUCACAUGUCCCUGCGGUCUCUCAUAUGUGGGGAAGACCGACUUAACAGUACGGGAUCGGAUACGAGGACAUCGGUCCACUAUCAUGACGGCAUUUAGAGAUCAACAGCGUGACAAGCCUGUGGCUAAACAUUUUUUGACCAUGGGACACUGAUUACCUUCUUUAAGGUUUACUGCCAUUGAUCAUAUUCCCCCAAUGCCAAGAGGUGGAGAUAGAUCCAAGAUGUUAUUACAACGAGAGUCCCAAUGGAUACAUCGAUUUGGAUACAGUUGCCCCUAGGGGGCUGAAUGAAAAUAUUAUAUUUUCUAUGUUUUUGUGAGAAUUGAUCAGAUUUUGUCCGUACAUAUUACUAUUUUUCUUUGGAUUUAUCUCUUUCGUUGGAAUUUUGGAGGUCUGCUCAGUAUAAGAAUAGGUCUAUGAACAUUUCAACUAUUGUAAUAAUAAUUCUCAUUAGCUUUAUUAUAUAUGUCUGAUUGAGAAGAAAUUUUUCUCAUUUGUAAUUUUGUCUGUUUAUUAUUUGUGAUUGAUGGAUUAAUAGUAUAUAGCUCUCUGAGAAUGAGCAUUAUUGUUUUGAUCUAAUGGUCUAUUUUUGAUCUCUAAUUUACUUAUGCUGAUAUAUACCUUUAAGACAACACACAUCUGUUGGGUUAUGGUUUUGUUCUGCACUGCCCUGAUCGUCUUGUUAAACCGGUAUUCUGCUUUAGCCUUAGGAGAUAUCUAUUAUAACUAUAUGUGUUCCUUCCUUGUAUGAUUUGAUUAAUUGACAGAAGGUAGUAGAAUAUUAUACACUGGUAUUUAUGUAACACACAUAUGUUUUGUUUGCAGUGGGUUAACACACUUUUUAUCUUUGCACUGUUAUAUAUUUAUUUGCACUUGUCACUUUAGUUGUGUAUUGCAAUGUAAAUAAUACUAGUCAUUUCACAGCAUACAUACACUUUCAUAUAUUCAAUUAUACAGCGGUAUUACACAAUUACGCUCUUAUUCAUGAUUUGUUUCACUGGUAUCUUAGCAACCAGUCACACGUCAUCACGUCGGCAUUACGACACAUCACGUGAUUGCGGGUUCACUUCCGGGUAUGCACGGAGAGGGUGAGGGAGGCAGUUCACCAUUGGUGAGUACUUUCCUAAAUUUACUAUUUAUUGAUUUCACAGAUUUAGACAUAUUGAUCUUAAGGAAGACCCUGAGGGGUCGAAACGUCGAUCUUAUUAUGUAAACCUUCUUUUUAAUAAAUACUUUUCUAUUGAUUAUAUAAGUCCUUAGAGUGCAUCUCUUAUUUUUUGUUUAUAUAUUCCAUAACGUGGGAUUGCACCAAGGCACUAAAAUUCAUUUUGAAUUGGAGAUAGGGUGAGUGCCACGCUAUCUGUUUUUUUUUUUUGUGUGUGUGUGUGUGUGUGUGUGUGUGUAUGUAUGUAUAUGUGUGUGUGUGUAUAUGUAUAUGUAUAUGUAUGUAUAUAAUAUAUUACACACACACACACAUUUGUUUCUGGGUUGUAGCAUUCCUCCCCCUUUUGCUGUUAUAUGUCUUGUUUACAUAAGUCACAUCACAUUCCUUAGCUCAGACGUGAAUGAAGUAGUUACAGAUAGAGAAUUUUGUGUCUGUCUUAGCCUUGUAAUACAAAAUGGAGUCACCUCUGCUCUGAGGGUGACUGGCAGUAUACACUUUUAAUUUCUGUCUUAACACAAAAUGUCUACCAGUAUAAAUAUACUGACAUAACCCCCUUGGUGAUUAACAUAGCAAUGAUUAAUUUAGUCUAUGAAUAAGCACUACAGAAGUUACAAGACAUAUUGUGUACUCAUAUCACUUCUUCUGGCGUUGGGCAUGUGUAUGCAUAAUGAACAUUUUUGCAUAUUGUUGUACCUGUAAGAGCUUUGAACCUUACACUUGGUACAAUCAACCAAAAUACCAUUAUUAUCAUUGUAAACCCAAUAACAAUUUUAACAUAGAUGAACCAGUUAACAUGAGCAAUAAAGUCAGUAUCUAGCUCAGAGUACUUAAAUAUGUCCACAGAAUUGUUAUCUUUUCUGAUUGACCAUUUGAUAGUGUGGUUGGGCUUAUGGUCUAGCAAGAACUUUAGAUUAGAUUAGGAUCUAGUAGAAAUAGAAGUUCACGCUUAAAUAAGUCGUGACUUUGGUGCACUUCAGUGGACUUGGCAAUUAGCUUCAAAUGCAAAUUUGUUGCAACAACUGUCUUCCACAAUAAUUAACAUGUCCUGGAGAAGUGUUCUUUGCUGUUUUUUCACCUGAUGAAUAUCGUUAAUGUGCUGCUUUAGCGCAUAGAUUUCCAUAGACUUGGGCACUUCAGAAAUUUUCGUUUUAUACGAAUGUAUUCAUACGAAAAAGAAAUUAGUUUAGUCAGAACCGAAAUUCGUCAAUUCUUCUAUUCGUUUUCGUAUGAUAUUCGUUAGCAUUUUCAUUUCGGCUAAACACAUUCGUUCGUUCGUUCAUUCUGCGCAAUUUAAUUGAACCAAAUGAAUUGAAUACAUGAAACAAUGUUCCCUAAUCCCUAAAUACCAAAUAGCUUCAACCGAACUCAGUAAAACCAUUUGUUUCAAAUUUUGUACAUUGAUCUAACAACAUGGCAUUGAAAGCUGUAUUUCGUUUAAUUUACGCCUAAUACGCCCGAAAUAACUCCCGAACAGUUAAAUGCAUGAACGCUGCCAAUCACAUGAAAAUGUAUUGGCACUAUUAGUAAACUACUGAACACAACUCACUAUAGUCAUUCGUAUGUCGAAUGGCAUUGCAAAUACAAUGCAAUCAUAAAAGUCAGUUCCUAAAUAACGAAUAUCCUCAAGUGAACGCAGUAAAACCAUUCAUUUGUUUAACUUUUCGUACAUUUCUCACAACACAUGGCAUUGAACAAUGUUCUAAUCUAUUUACGCCCAAAACUCCCGAACUAACUCCUGAACUGUCAAAUGCACGAACACUGCCAAUCGCAUGAAAAUGUAUUGGCACUAUUAGUAAAUUACCGAACACCAUUUACUAUAGUCAUUCACAUGUCGAAUGACAUUGCAAAUGCAAUGCAUUGCUUUUGCUUAGUUUCUUGGGCUCAUGAAUCAUCAUGCUUCCUUGACAGGUGGUACUGGCAACACAGUAUCAUUUUUAUAAGGGAGUGAGAAAGUAGUAGCCAAUUAAAUAGGCUUUUACAUACUGCCAGACAAAACUGUAAAAAAAAAAAAAAGUAUCCCCUCAAGGCAGUCCUUCAAUGCAAAAUCUAGCCAGAUUUUCUAUAUGCCAGCCAUUCAGCCAUUUUGGAGCUCAGCCAGCCCACCACCCUGUCAGCCAUUUUAGACACUUUGAUGCUGAGCCUGCCAGAAGUGGUCAUGUCCUCCUCCAGCUCCUCAAGUAACAUAGCCAUGGAUAUAGUGGAGGGGGGCAUUGGCCACACAUGCCAGGAGGAAGGAGAAGCAAGUGGGAGAAGUAAGAAGGCCCAGGAUUUUAAAGGCUGCAGAUCCUGGUAGGAAGAAUAAGUACACUGAUAGUUUUGGUGCAGAGGAGAAUACAGUACUGGUAAACAAGCUCCCAAUGUGUGUUUUUUGGGGGAGCAGCCAAAAAGACUUCAAGAGCAAAGAAGGACAAUCUGUGGAGGAAGACUGUGGCAGCGGUGAAUGCUGUUGGAGGGAACAACCGCACGCAGGACGUGGUGAAGAAAUGGUAAGUGCACUUAUAUUCCUAAAAAAUAAUUUUCUUUAUGCCAUGUUUUUUUAAACUUAUUUUUUUCCCCCAUGUGCUUUUGCUACACCCCCCCACCAUUGGCAGCUAUGCUUUUAAAGUCUUUUAAAAGUGAGGGUUGGGUCACUUAAGCACAUAGAGGGAAAAAAACACAAUGUGCAGCUCAGCUUUAAAGGAAUACUAUAGUGACAGGAAUACAUGUUUGCAUUCCUGUCACUAUAACUGUGAAAACACAGUUUAACCUCCCUCUCAGCAAUGUAACUGUAAUUAAAGGGACACUACAGUGCCAGGAGAACAAACCAUUUUCCUGGCACUGCAGGUCCCCUCUCCCUCCCACCCCCCAUCCCAGGAGGAGACCGACUGCGCGGCCGCCGGCGGGGUGAGACCUAAUGCGCAUGCGUGGAAAUGCUGCACAUGCGCAUUAGACCUCCCCAUAGGAAAGCAUUGAAAAAUGCUUUCCUAUGGGGGUUUCAGCGACGCCACUAGAGGAGGAGUUAACCUUGCAAGGUAAAUAUUGCAGUUUAUGAAAACUGCAAUAUUUAUUUACAGUUGCAGGGUUAAGGGUAGUGGGAGUUGGCACCCAGACCACUCCAAUGGGCAGAAGUGGUCUGGGUGCCUGGAGUGUCCCUUUAAUUACUCAUCCUUAUAGCAGAGCUGUGCUCUGCCUCCUUGGCUGCGAUCUUCAUAAUUAACAAGAUCAGCAAAUCCAAUGCUUUUCCAUAGGAAAGCAUUGGGAGGCUGUCAUGUUGCAAAACACCGCUGUUCUAUCAGAUAUCUAUAUCUAUCAGAUUUCUAUAUGGACGUCACUUCCGGUGCCCCCAUGUCAUCAGAAGUGACGCGAGAUCAGCUGUGCGCUAGCAGCCCUCGAGGUAUACAAUUCUGGUGGAGGCACCCCGAGCAUGUGUGCCGCCUCUGACGCUCGAUCAGCUGGGCCUUUAAUCUGAAGGGUGUACCGCGCAUGCGCUCGGCACAUCCUUCAGCUAUAGAAAUCUGAUGGGUGUAAUGCGCAUGCGCGCAGCCCAUCCAUCAGAUAUAGCAAUUUGAUGGGUGUGCAGCACAUCCUUCAGAUAUAGCAAUCGGAUGGGUGUACUGUGCAUGCGUGCAGCACAUCCAUCAGAUAUUGCAAUCUGAUCUACAAAUCUGACGGAUUUCUGUACCACAGCUUUCACUGUACUGUAUAGUAACAUACACAGUGUAGGCGAAUGUGGUGUUAAAUAAGGGAGAUGCACGGUUAAUGGGGGUGACACACAGGGAUAGGGGGUUAAUAGGGGUGAUAAACAUGGGAUAUGGAGGGGUGACCAAAAGUUGCCUAACAACCUAGAAGUCCCUCUAGUGGCCGUCUGGUAGCCAGCCACAAGAGGUGGAGUUAACACAUAAAGAUUAUUAUUGCAGUUGCACUUGCAAUAGUUACCUUUUACACGGUUAAGGGACCUGGGACACUGAACCCAGACCACUUCAAUGCGCUGAAUUGGUCUGGGUGCCUAUAGUAUCCCUUUAAACAUGUCAGUAAACAUAUAUAUAUAUAUAUAUAUAUAUAUAUAUAUAUAUAUAUAUAUAUAUAUAUAUAUAUAUAUAUAUAUAUAUAUAUAUAUAUAUAUAUAUAUAUAUGUAUAUGUGUAUAUAUAUAUGUAUAUAUGUAUGUAUAUAUGUAUGUUUACUGACAUGUUUAAAGUAAUUAAUCAAUUACACAUGUCUUUGCAGUUACUACGACAUCAGGCGGAUUCACAAAAAGAGAUCCUGCAGUUCCUGGGAAGAGACAACCUCCUUGGGAUUGAGGGGACAACUGGCGCUGAAACAUCUGAAGGUAUGUUGUUAAAGGACCACUAUAGUGCCAGGAAAACAAACUCGUUUUCCUGGCACUAUAGGGUAAUUAGGUUCCCCCCCACCCCACCCUCGUGGCCCCCUUCCCACUUCAGCCACUUACCUUUUCCCAACCCCUUCAGCCACUUACCUUUCUCCAGCGCCGGGCUCCCUCGGAGCUGGGGAACACUCCUCCCUCUGACGACGUCCGCUCCGAAUGCGCAGCAAGAGCCGUGCGCGCAUUCAAGCCACCCAUAGGAAAGCAUUACUCCAUGCUUUCCUAUUGACGUCCAGCAUCUUCUCACUGUGAUUUUUUUUUCACAGUGAGAAUCACGGAAGCACCUCUAGUGGCUGUCAGUGAGGCAGCCACUAGAGGCUGGAUUAACCCUCAGCGAAACAGCAGUUUCUCUAGAACUGCUAUAUUUUCAGCUGCAGGCUUUAAACUAGAGGGACCUGGCAUCCAGACCACUUCGUUGAGCUGAAGUGGUCUGGGUGCGUAUAGUGGUCCUUUAAAUUCAUAUUUGUUAGUCAAAAUGUACAUAUAUCAGUUUUCUUGUGUUAACCUUCCAAUGUGUGUUUUCUAUGCCAUCAGUGCAAGCCCCUCAAUCCUCAGAAGAGGCACCAGGAGAUGCUGUCUCCAUGGAGAGCAGGGCAGCAGGUUCACCUCCUGUCUCCCUGGAAAUGCGCCUGGCUUCACUUUCCUCUCGUAAGUACUUGCAUAGCAUUGUUAGAUAAAUGUUAUGUGUGUGUGUGUGCGCGCAUUUAAACAUACACACAUGCGUAUGUGAUUUUACUGUAUAUGAAGUUAAUUUAUCACAUACAUGUAUUUCAGACCAUCCGCAACUUGUUGACCUUCCUUCACCACGUAUGAGUGUGGUUUCCCUCCAACAGCCGGCCCCUGGUGUCCAGGAACAGGGAUGCACUGCUGAGCGUAAGUAAAAAAUGCUUUUGCACAUAUUCUUUGCAGGCAUACUAGUUUAUGUAACAGGCAGGGCCAGGUCGACCGCUAAGCAAACUAAGCGUCUGCCUAGCACGCACUGGCCAAGGGGCUCAAUGUCUGGGUGACCAGGAGGGGUGGGGGGAGCUCGCAUCGCUCCUCUCCUUCUGUUCACUUUAUGUACUGUGGCUGAGUGGACCACGUGUGCAACGAUCUGCUUCAUGUAAUGCAGAAGAAACAGGAGAUUCUCUACCUGGGAACGCUCGGCCACGAUACACGUAGUGAGAUUAGAAGGAAAGGGAGGUGGGCACAAAGACAUGCGUUGAGAGGUCACAAAGAGACAGAGAAAGGGCUAGGGGGGACAAAGAUGCAUAACUAUACUUAGACAUAAUAAUUAAUAGCAUGACUGCAUAUAUCUUAUUUACAAUUUUAAAUGAUAUUGUUGUACAGAUGAUAGUAAGCAUUGCAACAUAUGACACGUGCUAACAAUGUUCUUUCUCUGUUCUCCCCUAUAGGUUCUGAUGGUACUCUCCCCCUGCAAGAGGAGGGUACCAUUACCCUAACAGCAGUGGAUCCUGAUUCAGUGACAUCAGUGGCCGAAGAAAUGCAGUUGCCACAACUUCCUCCACCAUUGGCUGCGCUGUAUGCGACAAUCCAGGCUCGUCAAGCUGAACUGGAGAUGUCCAUACAGCAGGAUAGGGAGAAUCAGCGAGAACUAUUGCAGAAUGUAAUAACCGAGGUACACUCCAUGUCGAACAUUUUGAAUGAGGGCGUUAGGCAAUUUACAUCAGCAAUGGUUUCCUUGCAGCAAAAUAUGCAGCGCUUUAUGGAAAUGAGGGAGGAAGAGUGCAUUCCAAUGCGUGCCCAAGCUGCCCAUAAUUUGGGCAUAACCAUUGCUGAUGUAGAUAGCCUAGUUCGUGAACGACGUGCGCAGGGUCUUGCCAGAAGGGAUGAUGAUGAUUAAUAGAUAUCUGUGGGAAGAAUGCACUAAGAUGUUUGUUUCUCAUUAUCAUCCACAAUGUGAACACAACUGACGCUGUUCAUCAUAGGUUGUUACAUUCUCAAUUUCCUCCUGGUUUUCCUUAUCCUUGCCCUGAAUAUACAUUGGUUCAUUCUCCUCUGCACUAUAUCCUCCCAGGACUGCUCCUAACAACCUGGGCUGCCUCUGCUUUGUUGCUUCUCCCACUUGCUUUUUGAAUUAAAAAAAUAUUGGAUUACAA